GAAAACAAGUUUCAGAGAGUAUUUCAGGGAAUAUCACAAGUUUCUGUAGAACAUCCAUUACUGAGCACUCCAAGAAGCAAUACUACAAUUAGUAUGCUAUAUCCAAUUACUCCUAGGCUAUGUCUAUGACUGCAUGCCUUUUCAAUUAGCUCUGAACUUUAUGGAGCUGCAGCCCCUCAUGGCUAACACAGUUCUACAGACUCAGAAGAACUCACAGCUGCAGCAGAAUGAGCAACAGCACACACAAACCGAGUCUUCUAACCUUCAAAAGAUCAAAGUUAAACUCACACGCUUCGUGUCUUACUUCUCGGGAAAUAUGGCUCCUUUUGACAAGUGGAUGAAAGAGAAAUGCAUCUUGCUUCAGAUUUUUGAUUGGGUGUUGAGAGGAGCAGCACAGGUCAUGUUCGUAAACAACCCUCUGAGUGGACUGAUCAUCUUCGCGGGACUGAUCCUCCAGAAUAGAUGGUGGGCUCUCAAUGGCUUUGUGGGCACUUUGUUUGCCACAAUCUCGGCUCUCAUUCUCAAACAAAACAGAGGGGCAAUUGCAGCAGGCCUGUAUGGGUACAAUGGAAUCCUGGUUGGUCUUUUAAUGGCAGUGUUCUCCAAUGCAGGUGACUGGUACUGGUGGCUUCUGCUGCCCAACAUCUUUAUGUCAAUGGCAUGCCCGAUUGUGUCCAGUGCCCUGGCCUCUAUCAACAGUCGGUGGGAUCUGCCCGUGUUUACUUUGCCUUUUAACAUUCUGGUGUGUCUUCAUAUGGUAGCUACAGGCCACUACAACCGCCACUUCCCCCAGGUCCUCAUCCAGCCAAUCGCCUCCUUCCCCAACAUCACAUGGUCUGAGCUAGAUUAUGCUAAGCUCUUCCGGUCCAUUCCUGUUGGCAUUGGGCAGGUCUAUGGCUGUGACAAUCCUUGGACAGGAGGCAUAUUCAUUGUGGCCCUGUUUAUUUCUUCACCAAUAACUUGCGCACAUGCUGUUAUUGGUUCAACUAUUGGGAUGGUGUCAGGUCUCGCUCUUGCGGCGCCAUUUGAGAACAUCUACUUUGGACUGUGGGGAUACAACUGUGUCUUGGCUUGCAUUGCAAUCGGUGGAAUGUUCUAUGCGCUCACAUGGCAGGUUCAUCUCCUGUCUAUAGCCUGUGCAUUUUUCUGUGCAUAUCUUGGCUCCGCAAUUGGCAAUGUGAUGGCUACUUUCGGGCUUCCAGCGUGCACGUGGCCUUUCUGCCUGUCUGCCCUCACUUUCCUCUUGAUUACUACGGAGACAAAGACAAUCUACAAGCUGCCGCUUGCCAAAGUGACCUACCCCGAGGAAAACCUCAUGUUCUACAGGAAGAUGAAGAAGGAGGAGAAGGCUGAAAAAGUCAUAAAAGCAAACAAUGAGGUGCAGAUGAAAGAAGAUUUGCAAAUUUCAAAAGAUGUGGAAGUAAAGAUUAUGGUGGAGAGGCAUUUUAAAGAGUAGCAGGAAAUCUGAACUGAGACAAACAGCAAGAUAAGACAGUGUACAGCAGAAAGCCCAUUUCUUGCCCAUAAGUGAAUGCAGCCACUUGUAUGUCACAUACACUUUUUUGUUUUGCUUCCUAACAUCCACACAAUGGUAAAUACAAUCCCCUCUGAAAGUAUUGGAACAGCAAGGCCAAUUUUAUGUUGUUUUCGUUAUACAUUGAAGACAUUUGUGUUUGAGAACAAAAGACAAAUAUAAGAUGAUAGAAUUUACAUCUAGGUGUGUUAAACAACUUAGAACAUGGCACCUUUUGUUGGAACCCACCCAUUUUUUCAAUGAUCAAAAAUAUAGGACCACAUGACUGAUAGGAGUUUCUUGCUGCCCAGGUGUGCCCUGUUAGAUUGAUUGCUUAAAGAUUGAAUAGCUCUGAAUAUCUACUCUUGGUUUGAGCUGAAGGUUCCUGUGAAGACAUAAAAGAUUAGCAUUUGCUGUUCACAGUUUGUAAUUAUUAUUAUUAUUAUUACUACCAUUUUUGUGCCAAAUUUCAUAUAAAUGGCCUUUUCCUACUGCAACUUACAGUUGCAAUCAAAAUUAUUCAACCCACAUUGCAAAUCAAGUUUAUUGUCAAAAUUUACAGACCUUAAUCUGUUUGCAAUGAACAAGUCAAACUGAAAUAGUUCAACACAACGAAUGCUUCAAGUGGUUUCCCCAAAUUCAACUGAAAAUGCAACUUAUAAUGAUUUCUCCACUUUCAAAAUUUCCUUCAUGGCAAGCAUCUUUAGUACUGAGUAGAGUUCCUUUUGCUGUUAUGACUUGCUGUAAACGAGAAACAUAGCUUCUGGCAGUGUUCCUGAGGAAUCUUAACCCAUUCUUCAUGAGCAAUGGCCUCCAGUUCAGUAAUAUUCUUGGGUUUGUGUGCUGCAACCGCCUUCUUCAAAUCCCACCAGAGAUUUUCUCUGGGGUUCAAGCUACCACCAUGUUUGACUGUGGACAGUGUUCGUUCUUCAUUCUUCUUCCUCCAGACAUACCGCUGAUCCAUCGUGCCAAAAAGUUCCAGUUUUGUUUCAUUGCUCCACAGAACAGAAUCCCCAAACUUCUGUGGUUUAUUUAUAUGAUUUCGAGCUGACUUUUCUUGUGCUUUUGGGUCAGUAGUGGUGUACGUCUUGGAGUUCUGGCAUGGAAACCUUCUGUGCUUAGUACAUACCUUACUGUGCUCACUGAAACCUCAGUGCCUGUUGCACCAAGUCUUGCAGGUUUUUUCCAGUCACUCAAGGGUUUUUCAUAACCUGCCUUCUUAGAAAUCUGCUUGCAGCCAUUGAUAGCUUCCUUUUUCUGCCCUGUCCAGGUAUUUAAUGUAUUUUCUGUCCCUAGCCAGUUCAGGUAUUUCAU